AGGGUCUGAGCUGUGCUGACCACGUCCCCUGUCCCCGCAGAGUGGAGGCCUGCGGUGAUGCUGGCGGCCAUCGACUGUGCUGAUGAGGCCAACCAGCAAGUGUGCAACGAUUUUGGGAUAACUGGCUUCCCCACGCUGAAGUUCUUCAGAGCUUUUAGCAAGAAGGCGGAGGAUGCAAUAAGGAUUACUAAUCCCAGUGCCACCGUCGAGGACCUGCGCCAUGCCAUCAUCACCAACCUGGAGCAGAGCCAGGAUGCCUGGCCACCUGCCUGUCCUCCACUGGAGCCAGCAAGUGCGGAGGAGGUUCGCACCUUCUUCCAGAGGAACAAGGAUCAGUACCUGGCGCUGAUCUUUGAGAAGAACGACUCCUUUGUGGGCAGAGAGGUGGCGCUGGACAUGCUGCAGUACGAGAACGUGGCGGUGAGGAGGGUGCUGAGCAGUGAGGAGGAGCUCGUGGAGAAGUUUGGUGUCACCACCUUCCCUUCUGGCUACCUGCUCCUCCGCAACGGCUCCUUCUCCCGCCUGCCCGUACACAUGGAGGCACGUUCCUUCUACACCUACUACCUGCGCACACUCUCGGGCAUCACCCGCGGCUCCUACAAGCUGAAUGCAACAGUCGACGCUUCCAACGAGACCAACACGUCCCAGCCGAAGCGAGCUGACCGCUCCAAGGUGUACAUGGCUGACCUGGAGUCCACGCUGCACUACUCGCUGCGGGUGGAGGCUGCCCGCGCAGCCACGCUGUCAGGAGCCCAGCUGGCCGCCUUCAAGUGCUAUGUGGCCACCCUGGUGAAGUACUUCCCCGGGCGCCCCUGUGUGCAGACCUACCUGCAGAACCUGGACAGCUGGCUGAGGAACUGGACGGAGCCUGAGCUGCCCCGCAGCGCCUUGAAGGAGGCCAUGAAGAAUAACAGAGAUGCCUCUCACCCCGCUGUGCUCCCCACCAACGUGACUUGGGUGGGCUGCCAGGGCAGCGAACCCCACUUCCGCGGGUACCCCUGCGGGCUCUGGACCAUCUUCCACCUGCUGACCAUCCAGGCUGCCCAGAGCGGCCCUGACAAAGAGCUGCCACUGGAGGUGCUGAGCACCAUGCGCUGCUACGUCCGCCACUUCUUCGGCUGCCAGGAGUGUGCCCAGCACUUCGAGGCCAUGGCAGCUGAGUCCAUGGACCGGGUGACAGGCCGGGAGGAGGCCGUCCUCUGGCUCUGGUCCCACCACAACGAGGUCAACGCUCGCCUGGCGGGAGGUGACACAGAGGACCCCAAUUUCCCCAAGCUGCAGUGGCCUCCGCCAGACAUGUGUCCCCAGUGCCACAGGGAGGAGCGGGGGGUGCACGCGUGGGACCAGCUGACUGUACUCACCUUCCUCAAGGCACAUUUCUCCCCGGCCAACAUCUACCUGGACUUUGCCGAGGUUGACCCCAUCCCUGUGGCCAGGGAAGGGACAGGCACCAGGCUGGGCACUGAGGGCCCACGAGUGGAGAGGGAGAAGAAGGAGGAAGAGGAGGAAAAGGAGACGGAGAGUGAGAUGAGAGCUCCGGGGCGACCAAGCUCCCCCGAGCCACGGCGCCCCAGCAUUGUGAGGCUGAACCCCAAGCUGCGGGAGGUGGGCGAGGACAUCGUGGACCUGGACUCCUUCAGUGAGCAGCACUUCAAGAGCCAAGCGCUGCGAGUGGUGGCCGGCCGGCGACGGCGACUCAGCAAGCGAGACACCAUCGCCCUGGACCGGGCUGCUGGGGUGGGCCGGGAGCACCGGCUGGCUCCCGCUGUCCUGGUCCAGGAGAAAGAGGAGGAGGCCAGGGAGGGCAUGCGGAGGAGCCCCUGGCUACGAGUGCUGGGCUUGGGCUUCUCCCGCCUGGACAUCAGCCUCUGCAUCGCCCUCUAUUUCCUCUCUUCCAUGUGCCUCCUGGGCAUGUACACCUUCUUCCGCCUCCGCACUCGUGCCCGGAAAGGCCGUCCUGGCUUCCCCAUGGCCUAAGAGCGGCUGUGGGGGCCGGGGGCUUCCCCCAGGGUGGGUGGGCUGCUGAGCCAGGCAAAACGCCUGGAACAGCGUUUUGUUUCCCAGUGCAAAGGGGUUUGGUGCGUCCCCACCAGGGGCUGCCCCGCUUACAGCAGUUGCCUCACCCAGGGUGAGGGAUGGAGGGUAGAGGGCUGGUUUUGGGGGGAAGGAGGUGUCGGACCAUCCCCCUCUCAGGUUGUGGUGUCACAUUUUUGGAUGCCGACAGCGGUUUGUGUCUCGGUGCCCGUGGGAGUUCCGUGGUGCUAGGCUGGUUUCAAACUGGGAAGCCCAGCCCCAUGCUGGGGAGCAGCCCUUUGGGAUCAAACCACUAGUGGGGCCAGAAGGGUGGGGGAUUAGCCCCCCAAAAGCAGGCACUGCUGAGUGGGGGGGUGGCAGUUGUGGGUUCAGCUGCAUUUUAUGUAUGUCCCCUUUUGAGAUGUCAACCAGGGCCCCCCCACCUUUCCUUGCCCCCUCUCUGUGCUCUUCCUCGUUCUCUGCUUGUCUUAGUGGAAUAAAUUAUUUUUGCCGAUGCCAGCCCCGCUGCGUUGGCUGGUCCCUGCCAUGCCCUUGCCCUGCCACACUGGGGCAGCUCUCCCCCUCCCUGCCAUUCCCCCACCAUAGGCUGUCUCUGCUCCGGCCUCCCACAUCACCCCCAGGAAGAGCACUGGCUUGGUUUAAAUCUUCUAAAUAUUUUAAAUUAUUAUUGUACAUUUUCUCCUGCUUCUUUCUUCUGGAUGCACCUGUGGCCAGCUGCCCCCCAUACAGCCAGUGUGUCCUUGUGGAUGGGAUGGCUUGGGGUUUGUCCUCAAGCAGGGUGAUGGGGAGGGAGCUGGGCGGGGGGACCACAAAGCUGCUGAAAAAAGUUGACAUGAGCCGUGGUGCUGCAGUUCAGUGGGGGCUGUGGCCCUGGUCCAGAGCAGGGAGACAGGCGUGAGCAUCCCCCCUUGGGGCCUGGGACUUCCUCAGGCACGGGCCCCCUGCACCUGUCCCCAGUUCUGUCUGCCCUUUUAUCCUUGUUAGGAAUCAUUAAGGAAAAUGGUUGUUUUCCAGAGCCAAGGCCGGGGCCAUCUGCUCUCCUGGCGCUGCCUAAAUCCCCCUGUAACAAAUUCAUUGGGAUUACGCUGCCCUCCCCUAAUCCCAGGCCUUCCCCCACACACGGGGGAUUUAAAAGGAUUAGAGCCCGGCCGAUAAUAAACUUUAUUAAGGGGGAGGGGGGGUGUCAAUCCGAUUUGGAGCCUUUUUCUUGAUAUCUUCACUUUGCCCAGGUGGGAGGCAAGGACUGGUGGGAUGGGGAAGGAAGGUGGGCAGCUCUGCUGCUGCCCAGGCAGUGGGGGCUCUGGCUCCUCCAGUCCUUCCUCUCUCACCUGACCCUGAAAUAAAUUUUCUUGCUCCAUC